GCGAUCCACCCGCGCUGUGCGCAGACUUCGCCGCCGGAGUUUCCGUCAUCCUCGUCCCUUCGCGUGAGAGAGCUUCCGAUGCAGGCUCGGCUCUCCGGGGUUCGAGCCGACGGAUAGAUCCCCUCGACGGGGGUCCCUCCUCCCUCCGUCUGGGUCCGCGUGGGGCCCCGCGCCUCGUUGGAGCCAUGGGUCGGCCGCGAUGCCAGGACCACGAGUUCGCCAGGGACAGCAUCGUCUGCGUCUCGUGCAGCAGCGCGGUGCCACUCGCGCCCGGGUUCGGCUACACGAAACACUGCGGGCACGCCUCUCCCGAGGGGGAGGGGGGCCCCCCUACGAAGCGUUGCGGCCCGGGGGAGUUCACGGGGGGGCUGGGGCUGUGCGAGCCGUGCUCGCGCUGCGGGGGCCCCGAGCGAGUCGCCGAGCCCUGCAGCCCCGCCAGGAACACGCGGUGCUGCCCCGAGGGGCAGGAGGUGCACGACGGCUCGUGCCGCGGUAGGUGCUGCGAUUGCUCCCUGAUCCGGGGGGCCGAGGGGGGCGCGGGGCGAGACCCCGAGUGCGUGAAGAGGGAGCGCUCCCCGAUCCACUGCCGCUACAGCAAGGCGGCCACGUGCCGAGGGUUGCCCGACACCGCCAGGCGCCCCGUGACCCCCAGGGUCCUCACGCUUGGUCGCAUCACGCGGAGAAUCGAAGUCCCCCCUCCUCUUCCACCUCCAUCUCCACCCAGCUCGGGUCUUCAGGGAGCAGCAGCAGCAGGUGGCUCCGAGGCGAUGCUCCUCUUCUUCGCGAGUCUGGCUCUCUCGUCAAUGCUCUUCAUGCUGCUCGUGCUGCUCGUGACGCGCGGCCCUCGCUGCUGGAGGGGCCGCCCGCCCAACGGGGCCCGUGGGGCCCAGGACACCCGGGGGCAGGGAUCCCUGGAAUUGCAGGGAGGGGACCUGAAACCCCAACAGGGGGAAGCGUCUGCAGGGGACCAGAGCCCCAUGCUGGACACCCAAACCCCGCCGCUCCGAGAAGUGCCGCCUCCUCAGCGGACCCGGGAACAGGAGCUGACAGAGCGAAUACAUGCCUCCCCGUGGUUCUCUCUCCCGCUGGAGCGCCUGCUGGACGCGCUGGACGUGUGCGACCGCCUCUCCCAGCUGCUGGACCCGGAGCUGCCCCCGCUCGCCUCCGCGCGCCACCUCGCCUCGCGCUGCGGCCUCGAGCGCCACGAGGUCGCCGCGCUGGCGGCGCGCGGCGUCAGCCUCACCCGGGCCGCGCUCGAGGUGACGGCGGCUCGCGACCCCGGGGUCACCGUGGGCAGCCUCCUCGAGUCCCUGCUCCGCAUGGAGCGGGCGGACGCCCUGCAGGCCGUGUUGGGCACCGAGCCACCGCCGCGCCACGGUGCCGGCUUGGGAUUCGGCGCGGAUUUGAGCACCGCCGCCAACACCGGCAGCGGCGACACCGGGACUGGCGGCACCAGCGGCGGCGGCGGCACACAAUGCGGGUGUAGUGGCCACGUGAACGGGAGCGCGUACAGCAGUGGCUAUGCACGCGCCAAGGGGAGCGUGACGAGCGGGGCGGCGCACACCAUGAACGGGAGAGCGGCGCUCCCCGAUGAGACGACUCGCUCCUCGAAUGGAUGCGCGGCGCACACGUGCGCGUGACCCGGCGCACACGUGCGCGUGACCCGGCGCACACGUGCGCUUGACCCGGCACACACGUGCGCUUGACCCGGCACACACGUGCGCGUGACCCGGCGCACACGUGCGCUUGACCUGGCACACACGUGCGCGUGACCCGGCGCGGUGCUGACAGCAGUGAAGUCGUCGCGCAUAGUGAGCACGAGGUGCAGACUGGCGCCCGCAUCGAGAGAAGGCCCCUGCUGCUGCUGCAGCUCGACAAGAUGAGCCUCGUGUGGUGAGCAGCAGGAGACCUCUCACCCCACGCACUCACCCCACGUACUCACCCCACGCACUCACCCCACACACUCACCCCACACACUCACCCCACCCACUCACCCCACGCACCCUGCUGACACACUUGGCGCGUCUCCCCAUCAUCGCUCCGAACACCGCUUGACGUCGUCUCGUGUUUGGCUGUGUCGGGUGGUGGAGGGUUCUUAGCGGUAUGCACGGCUUUGGCCAGAUCGUUCCGUCCUGGCCACUCUCCCCCCAAUAAAAAAAACUAUCAAUCGUUAUGAAGUUGUAAAUAUACUUACUUUUGAAGGGGGGGGGGGGGGUUAGGUGACUGUUGGUACGUUAAUGCGGCCCAAAUGGAUACGCGGAAAUCCCCCCGCCACCCACGAUAUAUUGUGUUCAAUAUUAUCUCGACGUUGGCAAUAAAGGUCAGCGACAAGCAGAAGACAUUCUCGUGUUUUUAAUCAUUGUACGUUGCCUGCAAUGACGCACAGCAAAGACAACGCGAACGCUCAAACUACAACUCGAACUGACAAGUGCGCAAAUAAGUUAUGGAUGCGUGGUGCACGCGUGGCCUCACACCGAGAGACAGGAAGAGGAGGCACGUGGAGUAGAGAGCUCACGAGGAGGAGACGUCGCGCUGACCGUGACGGACAGGGAGA